UGACCUCACUUCCCUCAGGAGGAACGGGAGGCUGAGGCUUCUGUAAGAAUCAACACAUACUACAUAGAUAGCUACAUACAAUAAAAAGUCAUUUAUACUUUUAAAAUAUAAAUAACUUUUUUUUUUUUAAUUGCAAAGUUAAUAGCAGUGCCGUAGUCACCUCUCUGUACUGCAAAUAUGGUUGUAUUACAUAACAACAAUGACACUGUCCAGGAAGAGGAUUAUCUUCUGAUUGAUGACUGUUGCUCAUCGUUGCCAUGCUCCCCUUCAAAGCGAGUGUCCCCAGCCAAAAGGAAGCAGCAUUUCAUCAACCAGGCGAUCCGCAACUCCGACCUCACCCCCAAAGCUAAGGGGCGCAAGAGCCUGCGCAGACUGGAGAACACUCGCUACCUGGCUAACCUGCUGGAGAGAGACGAGUGCUCGAAGGAUGAAGAGGAGGAGAGUGAGCAGACAGCCCCCCCCUCCAUCUUCACAGAGGCCUGCACCAAUGAGAACUAUGUGCAGCUGUGGAAUGACUUUAUGAACCGCUCCGGGGAAGAGCAAGAGAAACUACUGGUCUAUCUGGAAGAAGAGGCCAAGAGAAAACGCAGCACAAAGCUUCCAGAGAAAGCAGAGAAUGACCAAAGAGAAGAGUACCCUGCCUACACCCCCAAAGACAGCUUCCAGAGAAUUGACCGGAGACUGCGUGCUGCAUUGAAGCGCAAGCAAAUCCCAAUGGGUACACUGGAGUUCCUAGAGGAGAAGCUGAUGGUUUUUUUCUCAGCACAGCCGCAAUCUGUUUUCAAGGCAGUACUGGAGAGCAGCUAUGAGAGAUUGCUGCUUCAUGCUAUCUGCCAGUAUAUGGACCUUGUCUCUGCAAGUUCUGACUGUGACGGGAAGAGACAGACUGAAGUGGUGAACAAGCAGGAGGAGUUCCUGCCUCCGGGUCUGCUCUUGUCUGCCUACCUGGAACAGAUGUGUUGACAGAGAGCCUUUUCCAAACAAACCUCUACCUUCACACACAGUCACUCUGCCAGCCUCGGCGCAUUCAGGGGAUACCUUUACUAAACCAUAGCCACAGUAUUGUACAGUCGGAAUGAUCUUUUCUCUUGACUAGGAUAAAGAAAGCCCUUGUUGUCUAGAGCAUGGGUGUAUCUGCUUCCAUUGCCGGUGAUUGAUCACACAUUUUUAAAACGACCCAAUGAAUUUAUCGGUCAGCAGUGUUUCAGGCUGAAGAGUUGCCCAUAACUAAACAUAUAGAGUGCGCCUUUUCAAAAACGAAUGCCACUGAAACCGUUACAGAAUACAGUGAAACCGGCUUAAUAUCACCGUCCUCUUAAUAUCAACACAUUUGAGAUGUCCCGGACAGGCUCCUGAUAAUAUCACUCAAGUCACACAACUUCACCACACUUAAUAUCAACUUGGGAAAUUAAAACAUAAAACUAGAUGUCUAGCGCAGUGAUCAUGUUGCACGUUGCUGCCUGCACUACAUGGAAGUAAGUUGGGAUGUGUUAAAAUGAUCCAGUGCCGGCAAUAUAGAUAACUCCUGAUGGUUAAAUCUGCAGGAGUUACUAGUAACACAAUCCCUGCUAUCAAUAACCCUUUACCAAUUCAGAGCUGAUCUAGUACAGGCCUGAUCGGUUUAGUAAUGCAUUUCCAAGUAGUUAUAGAAAACAAGACUAGAUGCUGCAGGGCAGGCAAAUUGAUCAGUCCACCCCUGCAGAUGUUUGACUUCUACAGGAGAUGCUUACUGUGAUUAGUAACCCAAAAUGGGGCCAGUUCCAUGAAUAGAACAUUGACAUGUAAAUCUAGAAGCGUUUUCUAUUUGAAAGCACAGCAGUAAGCGAAGCGCAGGUCUGCAGUUGUAAGUUCAGUAAUAUCGGGCAUGAGCGUCUCCUGUAACCUGGCCCUAAGCAGUACGACUGCUUAAUACAAGACGCUUAAUUAAAUUUCCACGUUUUUUAUUUCUUCACUUAUUGGGUGCGUUUUCUUUUCUGAAAGAAAAUUGUGUCCAUAUACAACAAACCAAAUUAUCGGCACUUCCUUUUAUCCCUGGAAUAUGUUUAUUGUCGAAACAACUGUAUUCUGCAAAACGUUCAGACCGUCCGACCUAAAAUCAGUGAUUUAGGCGCUUAUUGGACAAUGUGUAUACCCCCAUACCUAAUUUAAUUACGCUAGAUCAUGGGUAAAAAUAUCUCUCAGCCCACUGCAGCAGGAAAAAGACAAAAGAUUCCCAGAGCCUUAAUUUCAAAAGGAAAACGAUCAAUCAUGGCGGAUGAUAGUUGGUACACUUUUAGUUAUUACAUGUAAGCCAUUAACACGUGAACCAUUAAGCCUUAUGUAUGUAUGUAUGCAUGUAUAUAUACAUAUUUUGUCUGUGUAUAUGUGUGUAUGUAUAUGUGUUCUCUUUGGAGCUGCAUGGAAAUUUCUUCCAUGGGCUCAUUUCAGGCAAAGAACUGAUAUUUUAGUAAUCUGUUUAGUGAUACGUUUAAGGACAAUAAUGUAAAGUUACCAAAGUUUGUGUUUUUAGCUAUUUUGUGUACAACAUUAUAGUCCCAAAGUAUACUAGCCUUCUGACCAUCUCAGAAUGUUUCUCAGUGACCAUCAGUGGUCCUCAUUGAUUGUUUAUAAACACCAAAGGGCUUUUUUAUAUUAAAACCAUUUGUGGUCAUAUUAAUUGUGUUAUUUAAGUGGCUUUCUAUUAUAAAAAAUAAACUGGAUACCAUUUA